GGUAUAAGUAUCUGAUGGAGUCGCUCGAUUCGUAGCUCAUCCAGCUCGUGCGUGCUCUUCGUUUCGAUUCUGAUACACCUUCGCUGCAAAACAUCAUGCAAUUCAUCUCUCGUUUGGCUGCCCUCGCGGCUGCUGUUCCGUUCCUGGCGCAAGCAGCACCCAUCGUAAAGACAGAAAGCGUCGAAGGGAAAUGGAUCAUCCAGCUUCGGCCGGACGUAGAUGUUGCAACCAUCGCAGCACAUCACAACACGGUUCGAGAGAUCCACGCCCGCAACAUCCUCAACCGCCGCGACCUCACUGCUGCUGAGACCGGCGGCGUGGAGAACGAGUAUGGAUUCGGAAACUUCCACGGAUACUCUGGAGGGUUCGAUGCCGCGACCAUCGAAGAGCUCAAGGGUCUACCUGAGGUCCUCAAUGUCGAGGCGGAUUCUAUCAUGACCACUCUCGACCUAACGACCCAGUCCAGCGCUCCCUGGGGACUCGGCAGCAUCUCGUCUAAAUCAGGAACCGCAAGUGACUACGUCUUCGAUGAAAGUGCCGGCGAGGGCACCUACAGCUAUGUCAUCGACACUGGCAUCCGGACAACCCACCAGGAGUUCGAGGGCCGCGCCUCAUUCGGCUUCAACGCCGUCAACACUGUCGACACUGACAACGCCGGCCACGGAACCCACGUCUCCGGCAUAAUCGGCGGCAAAACCUACGGCGUCGCCAAGAAAACCAACCUCAUCGCCGUCAAGAUCUUCGAAGGCAACUCGGGCACGACAUCCACCGUCCUCAAGGGCUUCGACUGGGCCGUCAACGACGUCGUCAGCAAGUCCCGCCAAUCCACCGGCGUCCUCAACCUCUCCCUCGGCGGCCCGGGCUCCACCGUCUGGGACCAAGCCAUCACCGCCGCCUGGGCCCAGGGCGUCCUCGUCGUCGUCGCCGCUGGAAACGAAAACACGCUCGCGUCUACCCGCUCCCCGGCUCGCUCCCCUGAAACUAUCUGCGUCGGGAAUGUGCAGAGUAACCUUAAGAGGUACGGUGGGGGGAGUGGGUCGAACUACGGGCCUGCCGUUGACAUCUUCGCUGCUGGUACGAACGUCAUCAGUGCGUACCGCACGUCUGAUAGUGCAACGACGAGCUUGACGGGCACUAGCAUGGCGAGUCCGCAUGUUGCGGGCUUGGUGUCGUAUCUCAGGGGUAUCGAGCCCGCGACUGCGGAGGUCAUCAAGAAGAAGGUUCUUGAUUUGGCGAUUACGGGGCUGGUUACUGAUUUGAUGGAGAGUAAGGAUCGCUUGGCGUAUAAUGGUAAUGGGCGGUAGACAAGAAAGUGUGUAAGAGAGAGCGUAGAGGGAGAUUAUCCUCAUCUGGAAGGGUUGUCCUUCUUUCGAGCCUCUGUGUUGCGACCGGAUUUUGGAUUACUUGAUAGAUAUGAUUGAUAUGAGAUGAUUUGUCAUGACUACAUUUAUUUGGUGGUUGCGUGCAUUUAGUGGGAUAUGUCCAAUCUGAUGUCGUGUGUAUGUAAGUAAGGGUUCGGCAGUUAGUUAAUAUAA